ACUUUAGCCGUCAUGGUAUAAAAUUAAUAUAGGAUGUAAAUUAUAAAACUUCUAUUUAAUAUCUUGUGUGUGUAGAUUAUUAAUUGUAAACAUUCUUGCUUAUAAUUAUUUUUAUUGUUCUUUUAAAAUUUAUAAGUUUUCAUGUAUUCAUUAUAAUUUAAAAACACUUAAUAUCAAUGCAUUUUGUAUGGAGAACAAGACAUCAGAUACAAUAAUUAACGAGCUAUUCAAUUCCUUAAACUUCAAAGUGGCCUGUGUUCCUGAAUCAGAUAGUGCAUCUGCUUACUCAAUGGCAGAGUCAAUUAAAAAACAUAAACGACAUGACAAAUCAAAAAAACAUAAAAAACAUAAGAAAAAAUCAAAGAAAUCUAAGAAAUCAGUACACCAUUCAAGGUCCAAUUCACCUGAUGAUUACAUUAUAUUGAAACUCAAAAAAGAUAAACUCGAAGAAGCCGAAUCUGGUAUGCCUGUAACAUUAGAUGUAGUUAUGGAAACAAUUGUAACUACAGCAAAUGAAAAAAGUGAAGAGUUUAAAGAUAUCAAAUGUGAUGCAAAUAAGAACAGUCCAAAAGAAAACAUAUUAACAGAUGAAAACAAAUUACUAACAUUAGAAAACGAUAUAAAUCAAACAAGUAAUAUACCUGUAUUAUAUAUACAUUAAAAAAACCGUUAUGUAUUGUUAGUGAUUUUAAAUAAAUAUUUUUUUUAAUACUUAAAACUUUGUGCUGUAGGGUUAAAUAAUGGCAAGAUAAUUAUUAAGGAUUUAAAAGAUAGUCGUUUUUACCAUGAAUUAAUUAAUACGAUUCACGAUGAUAAAAGUCCAAAAGUUAAUAAAUAUGAAGAUAGAGAACAAAGUUGUUCUUCUCAUGAAAUAGAUAAAAAAAAAAAAAAAGGUGAGAAACAAAAUACAUAAUAAAUAAUUUCACGAAAUAUAUUAAAUUUCAUUAUAUUAUUUUUUAUCAAAUAUUUAUAGAAAAACAUAAAUCAAAAAAAAAGAAAAGAUCAAGGAGUAAAAAUAGAUCCAGUACUCCAAAACGGCAUAAAAAACGUAAAAGGUCUCUUUCACGUAGUAGUAGAGAUAAGUAUGUUUUUUUUAAAUGUAUUAUAUACAAAUUAUCUUAUUGUAUGAUUAAGAAUUUAGAUGUACUACCUUGAUCAAGUAUUUUCAAAUUGACCAAAUAAUACAAUUGAGUUACAUAAAUAUAAAAUAUACUUCAUACAUUUUCAGAAAUAUUUAUAAAACAUUAGACUACUUGCUGCAAAUUCCUUAAGUUCAUUGGCUUCGUCUGAUUUCCACUUAAUAACUUCAUUUAAAUCUUUAUAUUGCGUAUUAAUUCACCCUAUCCUGGAGACAGUUCUAUUAGGGGGACCCAAACUCCUCUGUCAUCAAAAAUAUGAUCGAGAGAGUCUAAAGAAGGUUCCUUGAGAUGGUUGCUUACAGAUUUAAGAUUACUUGCCUCCCAUAUGACUCACCUGUUUUGCUUGCGCUGGACUUCACAUCCCUUUCAGAUCGUAGGCAUCAGGCGUUUAUUGAAUUCUCUCCAAACAUUUAUUCAAGCAAGUAGACUCCCUUUCUUUACUUAGUGAAAUAAUCUCCCGUGAACCUCCACAUCAUACUUAUUCUUUUAUUCCUUUUUCCAUCCCAUGUUUAUCUUCUAAUUUCCUUCGCAAAGCCCCAAUGGUUCAUCUCCCCUAUUCUGCUAUCACCAACCCUAUCUUUCAUUGUUAAAAUUAUGAAAUAUUUAAUUAUUAUAUAAAUGUAUAUGCACUUCACAUUUGUAUUUGGACUUAUCUGUUUGAAAAUAAAACUAAAAUAAAUUUGAUACUUUAAUUUUUUAAUGGUUUAAAAAAUGUACUUUUUUUUAUUAAGGUAUUCAAAGUAUGAUGAUUUCAAGAAAUCGUCGAAUUCAAGAGAUCAAAAUAGAUACAAAGAUAGCAAUAUUAAAUCAAAAGAUAAAGAUAACCACUAUAAACGUUCUAUAACACCUGUUAAAGACCAUAGACAUUCAAGAUCAAAAGACAUUAAAAAACUAAAGAGAUUAGAUGAAAAUUACAAAACGAAAAAACGUUCAAGAUCAAGAGAAACAUCUAAUUAUAGGACUAAAAAUAGAUCUUCUUCUUGGUAAAGAAAUAUUUUUUAUUUUUGUAAUAUAUUUUAUUAAUAGGUAACUUAAUUUUUCAGCGAAAAAAUUGAUAAAAAAAAACUAUUUAAAAUAGCUCGUAAAAAUGCCUUAUCAUUAGUACAACAAGGUGUAUUACCAGUGGGAAGUGUAAAAAAAGAAAAUUUGCCUAAUGUACCUACUAAAACUGUUGAUGAAUUAACAGGUGAUAUAUUUUAAAUAAUAAUCUACACAAAAUAUAAAUUAAAAAUUACAUAUCACUUAAUUUUUGGAUUCUUAAUUCUGUAAUAAAAAUAUAUUAAACUGUUCAUUUUGUUAAGGUGUCAUUUUUUCUUGCAAAAUACUUUUAGUUAGUCGAAACUAAUAUUACUACUCUAUGGUUAGUUAUAAUGCUUAGAUGUUUUUUAACGUAAUCCUUUAAAAAGUAAAAAAUUUCCCCUGGUAGAAACUAUAUUUUUUAGAGUUUGUUAAUAUGAUGUAGAUUAUUGUUAUUGUAUUUUAUAAAAUAUGUAGUUAUUUGUUAAAUUUUACCAGAUUUCCAUGUUCAUCAAAACAAAUUUAAAAACUGAUAGUAAUUUAACCUUGUUGUCAGUUAAUUGUUUCGUUUCAUAAUUAUUUGAGAAUCGUUUUUAUAAUUGCAAUGGUUUAUACUUUCAAUAUAUUAAUUAAAUUACACUAUAUCCUAUACCUUACCAACACCCAGUUACAAAAGUGAAUUACCACUUACCAACACACCAUCUUCAGAAUUUAAUUCAAUUCUUUUUGUUUAAUUUGUAAAUUGCGUAAAUACGUUGAAAAAUUUAUAUUUUAAUGUAAACCAAUGUUUUGUAAAUUAAUAUUAUUAUACAAAUUGUUUAAAAAUAAAUUAUAUUAGGUACGAGUAUUAUUGUUUUUAGAUUUUUGUCGGAAACUCUCUAAAAAGGAUAAAGAUCAUGAUGAUUCUUCUCUAUCGAGUUCUGAUGAAGAAUUUAAACAACCUUUCCACCAUCCAUUUUUGGUUAAGGAAAGACCCAAUAUAGUCUUGAACAUUAGAGUAAGUAAAUCUCUUAAUGCAAUCAAGAUGUUUUAAUCAUACCUUCUUCAAAUGAUAUGAUUCAUUCUAAAAUUCAAACUUACCUUCUUCAAAUGAUAAGUUUGAAUUUUAGAUUCUGAGCAGAGCAAGGAAUGUAUUGGUUUUAAAAUGAUGUUUAUUUUUCAUUUUUUUUUUCUAUCAGCAAUUUUAUUCUAAUUUUUUAAGCAUAGCACUUUUUUCCAAAAGGAAAUCUGACUGGAGUAUCAACUACUACCCGAUGACCUCUCUACAUAUUAUUAAAAGUUGUGUUUUGAUUUAGUUAAAAAUAUUUGUAGAGAAUUGAAGUUUGGACAUAAAAUUUAUAUUUGAUCCAUUUCGCCUUUUACAGAUGUGGUAGAAUUUGCAAAACAGCUAUUUUUGAACUAUUUUUUUUUUUUUCAUAAUUUUAUUUGGUAGGUACUUCGUAGAUGAAAUUGUUAAACAAAAUAAAAAUGCUAGAAAAUUUAACAGGAGGUUCAUUAUAAAGGUUAUACUUUGAGGUAUAAAUAAUAAAUUGAGUGUAGUAUAAAAUUUUUUUUAUAAGUAUUGUAAUAUCUAAGUUUGACGAAAAUCAUUUUAGUAAAAAACAUUAUUAAAGAAAAUAUACAAUGCAUAAGUAAUUAUUUUACCCUAUAUGACAUAUAUAUUGUUGAAAAAGCAACACUAUUAACUGAAUUCCAUUUUGAAUCAUUUUUUGUAAGCAAUGGUUAAUUGUUGCAUACAGACACAUUAAAUUUCCUCUUUUUCUUCCCAACUUCUCACCUCGCAGAGGCCUACUCAAUAUAUGAAGUAUGUUCGUCUUUUUUAAUAUACAAUCACUACAUAUUUUAGAAUGCAACUCAAUUGCCUACAAAAUCAUUUCAAGAAAAAACUAUUGGGCAAGAUGUAUUGAGACAACAGUUUCCUGUGUCCAGUGGUCAAAUUCAUAGUUUAGCCGUUAAUGAAUGGGUACCUCUAGGUCCUGAAGAGUCUGCAAAAUUGAAUAAAAUUUCCCGACCAGAUGAAGGUAACAAACUCUCUGCAAAACCACUAGUUCAACAAGCACCAAAAGUUAUCUCUGUAAGAUGGAUAUAGUUUUUACCUUUUACAUAAUUUUUAAUGCGCAGUAUUAUUUAGGUGGAACCUGUUGUUCAACCUGAUACAAGUAAUGCUAUAGUAUCAAUGGAAUAUGAGUAUACUUUACCAGCUAUCGAACCUUCAGCAACCAUAAAUUCUUAUGUAAAACUAUCAGAUUCAAAUAGUUUAAUUUUAUCAUUAUUACAAAAAAUGUGUAAAUUAAAUGUUUUAGGCACACGGUAGUUAUUCAUUGUUAUCAUAUGAAACAGGACAAUUCACAGGCCAUACUGGUGCUAAAAUAUUAACUCCUGCAGAAUUAUCUGCUGGUUAUCAACCUUGGGUGAAAAAGGUAAAAUGUAUAGUAAAAUUGUUAUAGUAUCUCCUAUUAUUUGUUUUGUUUGUAUAAUUUACUGGGUGUAGCACAAUUUUUUGCACUGUACAUUUUCUUCAAAUUCGACAUUGAUUUUCAUUGGGCUUUCAACCACUUGGAAAUACUACUUAAAGGUAGUAUAAGAUUAAAAUUCUAUAUGUAUUUUAAGUAAAUAAAAUUUCUAUACAUAAUUAUUAAAACUAUACUAUAUCUACAUAUUUAUUUAUUAUAAUAUAUAACUAUUAAGAUUUACAUGAAAUUUAAAUUUUAAACCAUUUAUAAGAUGCACAGUCUAUUAGAAACUUUAUGUUGCAUCUAAUUAUGUGUUUAGUUAAUUAUAAAAUUUGUAAGAAAUGGUCUCGAUCUAAUAUUUCAAAAGGUAAAUUUAAUUAUUUAUAAUAAUUAAAUUUUAAUUAUUUUUUAUAUCAAGACAUUUUCUUGUCAGUUGUAUGUUUAUUUAGCAAUAAAAUAAUUGCUAAAUAAACAUGCAUAUGUAGUGCACGAAAGCCAAAUGAAAAUCUGUUACAGGCAGUUUUACUUGUGUUUAACGUAUUUAAGCGCUAAAUCGAGAACACCUCAAUCAAACCAACGUUUGUCUGCUGAGCAUUCAUGGGAUAUCUGAUGCGGCCCCUGGUAAUUUUAAUGAAUACGUGAACGUAUUUACUUAUGAGUGUAUACGUUUACAGUAUUUUGUUAAAUUUUAUUAUAAAUGGAAAAAAAGAAUUGAAAAUACUUAUUAUGUAUUUUAGUAAGUAUUAAAAUUAAUAAAUGAAAAUGUAGUAUUUAUAUACAUUUCAAUGAUCAUUUAGUUCAACACGGAUAUUUUACACUGAAAACUACACAACUUUUAAAGAUUCUAUACAUUCCACUAUACAUAUAUGUAUUAACAAACAACUACUUCUUAAAAACCAUAUACCAUAAAUUAUUAAAAUAUUCAAUUAAUUUAAUUAUAGGAUCAGCUUAAAAAUACUGCUCCUGUUAAUAGUGGUAUAGGAAUUCAUUUGUUACAAAAAAUGGGAUGGAAGCCUGGUGAAGGUCUUGGUAAAAAUCAAUCUGGGUCUUUAGAACCUCUUUUAUUAGACGUCAAAAUGGAUAAACGAGGUGAAAAAAAAACUAUGUGUACUUGCAGUAUUGUUAUAGUAAAUAUAAUAAUAGUUUUUAAAUGUUUUAUAGGACUAGUUGCUGAAGAAGAACUCCAAGGAAAUCGUACAAAACGCUUUUCAAAAAAACCAGCUCCAGCUGUGAUGUCAUUAGAAGGUAAACAUUUAAAUAAAUAAUUUAAUGAUAAUAUUGUUUAAUCAUUAUUUAAUAAAUACAUAUUGUUAUAGGAAAACAUCCGGUUUCAUUGUUAAAUGAAUUUUGUGCUAAACGUAAGUGGGAUGUACCUAAAUUUAAUACAAUAGAAGAAUCUGGUCCUAGUCAUAGAAAAUCAUUUGUAAUGGCAGUAAGUAUUCAAAAUGUUUAUGCAAUUAGUCCUCUACUUAUAGUUUUUGGUUUAUGUAGGUAGCUGUUAAUGGAAAGCAGUAUUGUUCAUCAAAAUGUCAAACAAAAAAAUUGGCGAAAAUGGAUGCUGCUAAGAUGUGUUUAAAAGAAAUUGGAUUUGUUAAAUUGAAUUGAGAUUAUUAAACUGAAUUUUGAUUAAGAAAAUCUUUAAAUUACUAACCUUAUUUAUAAUAUUCUCACUCUGUAAUAUAAUUGUAUAUUAUUGAUAUAGUUUUUAAAUCAAACUAUUUAUUUGAUUACAAAUAAUAUUAAUUGUAUAGAUUAUUUUCCAUUUUGAUAUAGGCCAUAUUUUAGACUUCGAGUAGAAGAGAUAUUUACUAUUUGGUUUAGUGGUGUUUCUUUAGUUUUGUACAAACAAAUUAUUUGUUCAAUAACAUUGCUUUUAAAUGUUUAAAGAAGUAGUGUUGAUUAUAUAGUAGGCCAUACAAUUUUAAUAUUUGGCUACCUCCUGUAGUCACUAUGUAACUAAAUAAUGGCUAUUCUCACCAACAUAAACCUUUUUGUUUACCUGAUUUUUAAAUCGAGUUUAUGGUUAAUAAUCAAUUACAAUAAGUCACCCGCUUAUAAACUCAGUUUAAAAAUCAAUGUUUGUUAGUGAAAACAGCACUAACUCAUUAAAUAUUUCUAUACUAGGGGCUAUAUAUAAGUCUAUUGUAUAAUAUUAAUGAUAAUAGUAUAUAAUACUUUAUACUACUAAUAUAUAAAACCGCAUUGCUGUGAUGUAGUUAAAUGAAGCAACAGGAGUGCCCAAAAUUGAACCUUCUAUCUGUAUGUCCAUUUAAUAGUUGUAAUCAAUAUUAUUUUCUUUAAAAUAUACAGAUUAAUUUAGACAUAAUAAUAGUAAAACGAAACUAAUACAAAAAUAAAAUAUCACUGCUUCUAUACAAGCAAUUAUUAAUUCCUUAUUUUUAAAUGUUCAGGAUUUUAAUUUCUUUUGAUAUUACUCAUAAAUUUACAAAAUAAUGCUGGAUUAAGUUAUGUAUUUUAGUAAAUAUUAACACAAUAAGAUAUCUUUUUGGACUAUACAUAAAUAACAUAAAUGUAAAAAUAACGAUGUUUUUAUUUAAAAUAAAACAAAAAUGGCCUAACUUAAUUUAAAUUAUAAAUAUUUAUUUUUUUAAACUUUAGUAAAGAAUGUGUUCACCAAAUUAUAGUAUAGAUCAAAGGUAGCCAACAGGCAUGGAGUUUGGGUGGAGGUUCAUAGAGUCUAGAUCACCCUCAAAUUUGAGAUUUUCAUAAAAAAAUCAGAUUAUUGGUAGUUGGUGAUAAAUUUUAUGAUUGGACUCGACCCCUCCAAAAAAAAAAAAAAAUCUUAGCCAUGUGCCUGAUAGUCAACAUGAGUAUAUUCACGAUGCAUAAAUACAAUGGUAUCAAGAGCUAAAAUGUUUAUAAAUACAUUUUAUAAUUUUAAAAACAGUAGAACCUUGAUUAUCCAAACUUAUUAGGAAUACACUUAGUUCGGAUACUGGAAACUUUUUAAAAAUUUAAAAAUCUCACAUUAAAACACUUUAAUGUAGAAAGUAAAUAAAUAUUAUUGAUAUUAUGUACAAAAUUACAUACAAAUUACAUACAGUAUGUAUUAAUGUACUGCCCUCACAUAGAUAUGCUGUUUAAAUAAAUGCAUAGUGUAUCAAUUAUACUAUUUUACAUUAUGAGUAUUGCAAUAAUAAUUUGUGACAAAAAUGAUAAAAUCGGUAUACUAACAGUGAUAACAUUUUAGAUUCCGAGUGGAGCGAAUAGUUUUACAAAGAUGUUUAUAUAUUUUUGUUUAUCUGUGCGUAACUUUUCUACCAGAAGACUUGCUUGGAUCAGCACCUUUUUUGAAAGAAAAUCGGCAUGGUGGAGUAUUUUAAGGAAGUUAUUUUUUGACUUUUUGAAAAGUUUCCUCAUUAAAUAUGAAAAAAUGGUAAUAUGUAUGAAAUAUAAUCUUAUGAUUUUUUUUUCUGUGCAUAACUUUUCUAUCAGCAGUCAGUUUUGCUCAAACUUUUAAUGAUAGCAAUGUUUCUAAAAGAAAAUUUCACUAGUGAGGUAAUUUUUUGAUUUUAUUAAAAGUUUUCUCAUUAAAUUUGAAAAAGCAAAAAAAAAAAAUAAAUGAGAAAAUAUAAGAAAUGUUGGUAGAUAUUAGUUAAAAUAUAUUAUGGUUGUUAUAUUUACUAUAAUAUAAAAAUGUCAAAUAGUUUUAUUACAUCUUGUAUACUACUAUUGUAUAUGUAUGUACUUGUAUUUGUCGGGUAUAAACCAAACAAAUAUAAAUUCAUAAUAAUUAUAAGUUUUUAUAAAUAAGACUCAAGUCACAAGUUUGUCACCUCUAUUGUAGGUAUAUAUUUAUUUGACCAUAUAAUUAUUAUAUUACUUAUUUGACAACUAUAUAAAGAUUAAAUAAAAGCCAUAAAGAAAAUGUAGGUAAAAUACUGUGAUUUUAUUACAAUAAUAUGUAUUUGAAUUAUUUUAAAAAUGUUUUCAUAUACUGGUUGUAAAUUAUUUUAAAUUGACGUUUUGUAUAUGGAGGUGGAAUAUUAUUUCGAAUAUAAUUUUCGGAAUAUGAUUUAUAAAUAUAAUCCAAACAAAUGCUAGUCUCAAAGAAUUGUUUUUUUAACUCUCCAGGAGCUUGAUAAGAGCUUAAAACCCUAGGAAUACCUUUUAUGUAUGAAAAUACCUUUUCGUAUUCUUCAAAGGGUACAUUUUCCAGAUUAACUUCAGAAUCACUUUCAGGCUCAUACAAAUUAUAAUCAUUGUCUAAUAGUUUUAAAGAUUCCCUCAUGAAAUCUGUCAUUAAAACCGACUUGCCAGUUACUUUUACUUGGUUUGGUAAAUUAGCUUUCAAUGCCGUAUCUUUGUCUGAAUACCAACUGUAAUUAAUUGGCUUUAGAACACCAUUGAGACGGUUUUCUGUGAUACCCAAUGUGUUGAUAAAAAAUGUUCGGCACACUUUUACAGUCAAACUAUUCAUUAUCAAAUGGUAUAAUGGACAGCACUCAAAUGUUUCAUUGCUCUUUUUAAUCAAACGUAAUUUUACUAAUUGAGUGAUUUUACAAUUUUGCUCAGUUACAUUGUGCAGUAUCUGAAACUGGUUAUAGAUCUCUCUUCGUUGAGGACCAGGUAUUGAAUAGUAACAUAUAAGUUGACAAUCUGUAUCACAGGUGGCAGGAAGCAUUUCACCAUAACAUUCUGUUAAGUCUGAAUCGUAUAUUAUGGAUUUUGGAAUUCCU